AAGGACGGGGGUCCGGCCGGCAAGUUCUGGGAGAGCCCCGAGACCGUGUCGCAGCUGGACUCGGUGCGCGUCUGGCUCGGCAAGCACUACAAGAAGUAUGUUCAUGCGGAUGCUCCUACCAAUAAAGCACUGGCUGGGCUAGUGGUGCAGCUUCUCCAGUUCCAGGAAGAUGCCUUUGGGAAACAUGUCACUAACCCAGCUUUUACCAAACUUCCUGCAAAAUGUUUCAUGGAUUUCAAAGCUGGAGGCACCUUGUGUCAUAUUCUUGGGGCUGCUUACAAGUAUAAAAAUGAACAGGGAUGGCGGAGGUUUGAUCUACAGAAUCCAUCCCGAAUGGAUCGUAAUGUUGAAAUGUUUAUGAACAUUGAAAAAACAUUGGUACAGAGUAAUUGUCUUACCAGACCCAACAUCUACCUCAUUCCAGACAUUGAACUGAAGUUGGCUAACAAAUUGAAAGAUAUCAUCAAACGGCAUCAGGGUACAUUUACUGAUGAGAAGUCAAAAGCUUCCCACCACAUUUAUCCAUAUCCUUCCUCACAGGAGGAUGAAGAAUGGUUGAGACCAGUGAUGAGAAAAGACAAGCAGGUGUUAGUGCAUUGGGGGUUCUACCCAGACAGCUAUGAUACAUGGGUCCAUAGUAAUGAUGUUGAUGCAGAAGUUGAAGAUCCACCAAUUCCAGAAAAGCCAUGGAAGGUUCAUGCAAAAUGGAUUUUGGACACAGAUGUUUUCAAUGAAUGGAUGAAUGAAGAGGAUUAUGAGGUGGAUGAGAAUAGGAAACCUGUGAAUUUUCGUCAGCGAAUUUCAACAAAGAAUGAAGAGCCAGUCAGAAGCCCAGAGAGAAGAGAUAGAAAAGCGUCAGCAAAUGCUCGAAAAAGAAAACAUUCACCUUCCCCACCGCCGCCCCCUCCCACAGAAUCUCGGAAGAAGAGUGGGAAGAAAGGGCAAGCGAGCCUUUAUGGAAAGCGCAGAAAUCAGAAAGAGGAGGAUGAACAAGAAGAUCUUACAAAGGAUAUGGAGGAUCCAACACCUGUACCCAACAUUGAGGAAGUUGUGCUUCCAAAAAAUGUCAAUCCAAAGAAAGAUAGUGAAAAUACACCUGUUAAAGGAGGAACUGUAGCAGAUCUAGAUGAGCAAGAUGAAGAAGCAGUCACAACAGGAGGAAAGGAAGAUGAAGAUCCUGGCAAAGGGGAUCAGAGUCGGUCAGUCGAUCCUGGUGAAGAUAAUGUGACAGAGCAAACCAAUCACAUUAUUAUUCCUAGCUAUGCAUCUUGGUUUGAUUAUAACUGUAUUCACGUGAUUGAACGCCGUGCUCUCCCUGAGUUCUUCAAUGGGAAGAACAAAUCCAAGACUCCAGAAAUAUAUCUGGCCUAUCGAAAUUUUAUGAUUGAUACAUAUCGCUUAAAUCCCCAAGAAUAUUUAACCAGCACUGCUUGUCGUAGGAAUUUGACUGGAGAUGUGUGUGCAGUGAUGAGGGUUCAUGCCUUUUUAGAGCAGUGGGGGCUUGUUAAUUACCAAGUGGAUCCAGAAAGCCGACCCAUGGCAAUGGGACCUCCUCCUACUCCUCAUUUCAAUGUGUUAGCUGAUACCCCAUCUGGGCUUGUGCCUCUGCAUCUUCGAUCACCUCAGAUUCCAGCUGCUCAGCAGAUGUUAAAUUUUCCUGAGAAAAACAAGGAAAAACCAAUUGAUUUACAGAACUUUGGUCUUCGUACUGAUAUUUAUUCCAAGAAAACCUUAGCAAAGAGUAAAGGUGCAAGUGCUGGAAGAGAAUGGACAGAGCAAGAGACCCUUCUGCUACUGGAGGCCCUGGAAAUGUACAAGGAUGAUUGGAACAAAGUGUCUGAACAUGUUGGAAGUCGAACUCAGGAUGAAUGCAUCCUCCAUUUUUUGAGACUUCCCAUUGAGGACCCAUACCUUGAGAAUUCUGAUGCUUCCCUUGGACCUCUUGCCUACCAGCCCGUUCCCUUCAGUCAGUCUGGAAACCCAGUCAUGAGCACUGUUGCAUUUUUAGCAUCUGUAGUAGAUCCUCGUGUGGCAUCUGCUGCAGCGAAAGCAGCUUUGGAGGAGUUUUCUCGAGUCCGGGAAGAGGUGCCAUUGGAAUUGGUUGAAGCGCAUGUCAAAAAAGUACAAGAAGCAGCGCGAGCAUCUGGGAAAGUGGACCCCACGUUUGGCCUGGAAAGCAGUUGCAUUGCAGGCACAGGACCUGAUGAGCCAGAGAAGCUUGAAGCUCCUGAAGAAGAAAAAAUGGAAACAGAUGCUGAUGGUCAACAGCCUGAAAAGGCAGAAAACAAAGGAGAAAAUGAAAUGGAUGAAAAUGAUAAAGCACAAGAUGGAGAAAAUGAAAAAAAUAUUGAAAAGGAACAGGAUAGUGAAGUUAGUGAAGAUAUCAAAUCAGAAGAAAAGGAGACCGAAGAAAACAAAGAACUCACUGAGAGUUGUAAAGAAAGGGAAAGUGAUAUUGGAAAGAAGAAAGUGGAACAUGAAAUUUCUGAAGGAAAUGUCGCUACAGCCGCAGCAGCUGCUCUUGCCUCGGCUGCGACCAAAGCCAAGCAUCUGGCUGCUGUCGAAGAACGAAAGAUCAAAUCUCUGGUAGCUCUUCUGGUUGAGACACAAAUGAAGAAACUGGAGAUCAAACUUCGACAUUUCGAAGAGCUGGAAACUAUCAUGGACAGAGAGAAAGAAGCUUUAGAACAACAGAGACAGCAGUUGCUUACUGAGCGCCAGAACUUCCACAUGGAACAGCUGAAAUAUGCUGAAUUACGCGCCCGACAGCAAAUGGAACAGCAACAGCAUGGGCAGAACCCACAACAGGCACACCAGCACUCUGGAGGACCUGGCCUAGCGCCACUUGGAGCAGCAGGCCACCCGGGCAUGAUGCCUCAUCAGCAACCCCCUCCCUAUCCUCUAAUGCACCACCAGAUGCCACCACCUCAUCCACCCCAGCCAGGUCAGCUACCCGGCCCAGUUUCCAUGCUGCCCGGGCAGCCCAUGCCAGGCCGCAUGAUUCCUACUGUUGCAGCCAAUAUCCACCCCCCGGGGAGUGGCCCUGCCCCUCCUGGUAUGCCUCCAAUGCCAGGAAAUAUCUUAGGACCCCGGGUACCACUCACAGCUCCUAAUGGCAUGUAUCCCCCUCCGCCACAACAGCCGCAGCAGCAACCACUGCCGCCACCCCCUGCAGAUGGAGUCCCACCACCUCCUGCUCCAGGCCCUCCAGCCUCAGCUGCACCCUAGCCUGGAAGAUGCCGGGUCCAUCCAUGCCCAGUGCCACCAACUGGAGUGGGGAAUGACAAGACCUUGUAUUCCUCAUUUUCCUUCAGUUUCUUUCAGGAUUUUCUUUCAUGUAGCCCCAAACAUCGCAAAUCUCCCAUUCCUCUUGCCAUCCCUCUCCAUGCUCUCACACCGCUUAUGUUAGGUUCUCAGCUGGCACUCAAAGGGAAAUCUGUGGUGACGGUGUGUCAUUCAUCCUAAACGUAACCUUGGUCUUCCCUGCCCUAGUAUGAGGUCACACUCAUAUUUUAUCUGCAGGUUCUGUCCAUGUUAGUAGUCUGUGUCUUUGGCAUUUUUGCUUACCUGCAGCUUUUGCUCUUUGUCUUAUGCUUUUAUGGGUGAUACUUUGUAAUCUUUCUCUUUUUUCUCUUUUCUUUUAUCAUUAUUGCUUUAACAGAAAGCAUCCUAUGUUAAUAGGAACCAAAAAAAAAAAAAAGCUGGUGAUGGGCAAAGGGGGAUAGCUAGAGGAGACAAACCUUAAGGCAUUAUAAGUGACCUUAUAUCUGCUUAUCUGAGCGAAGAAUGGUGCUGAUGGCAAAGUUUCAUGAGACUUUUGCCACACAUAGAUGCACCAGAAUUAAGAGAUUGGGGGGAAGGGACCCCACUGACUUUAUCUCGUGAGGACGGAGGGCCUUCACACUGUCUGAUAGAAUAGACCCCUUUGUAGAUGUGAGGUGAGAGCACAAGCAUUAGACUAGACCCACCCCUUCUCCAGGCCCAGUAGUUCUCAUUUUCUAUGCAGAUGGUUUGUUGGCUUGGGGUGGGUGUUUGGUUUCUGGGGUGAGAAUUGGGGUGGUAUUCCUUCAUUCCCUAGAUGAGCCUGGAAACUUUGAGGAAUCUAGGGCAAUGGCCACCCAAGUUAAUCACAC